GCCCGCCCGAGCCAUGCUGAGCCCCCGCGGGUCAGGGUUGGGGAGGCUGUUGCAGCUGCUGCGAGGGGGCCUGGUGGUUGUGGGAAGCCGGAGCAACUUCUCAGCUAUGUCUUCACAAUCUAGCUGGUUGAGCACCGAAGAAAGGAACCAAGCUUUAUAUGAUCUUAAAGCUGCUGGCUGGUCAGAGCUCACUGAAAGAGAUGCUAUAUUCAGAGAAUUCGUAUUCAAAACCUUUAAUCAGGCCUUUGGUUUUAUGACCCGGGUGGCUCUUCAGGCUGAAAAGAUGAAUCACCAUCCUGAGUGGUUUAAUGUAUACAAUAAGGUCCAGAUAACACUCAUUUCUCAUGACUGUGGUGGUCUGACAAAGCGAGAUGUCAAGCUGGCUCAAUUUAUUGACAAAGCUGCUGCGUCUUGUCUAACAACUGGGUGCUAAAGUAAUCAUAAACAAAUUCUAUAAUUUGUUUAUUUAGUCUUUUGCGGUAAAAAUAGUUAAUCCUCAAUUUUCCCCAUUCUUGCAGAAGCUUUUGCAUAUAGAUACAUAGAGGUUUGAUCUAAAAUGCUAGAAUUGCUGCAUUAAAAAGUUGAGUUGUUUGUUCUAUGUUAUCAGUGACAAUUCCUCUGUGGUGAUCUGUCUUCAGUAACACUGACCAUUUAGGCAGGAAUUCCUCUAAAGAAGAAUGAUUUGGGCUGAUUAGUAGGUCAGGUUUGCAUCUGAGUACCCUGUCCUGUGUUUCAUCUUUUAGAUUCUAUACACAAUGACAGUGGCACAGUUCAACGUGAACAUCUGAAUUUUUAGUCAAGAAUUAAUUUGUGUGUGUGUGAGAGAGAGAGUUUCCAGUAACCCUAUAUUAAUAUGCAUAGUUGCAAGGUAUAUAGCUGAGAGAAAAUUUCCCUUGCUGUAGGUAUACAGAUGCACUUUCCACUUGUUUAAACUUUCAGGUAUUCUCUGGAAUAAAAUGACCACAAUUGAUUGUGUGACAAAAAUCAUGUAAUGUUCUUGGAAAUCUUGGUCAACAUUAUACAAUAAUUACAAUGAAUGUUAAAAAAAAAACACAUGUUGGUGGUACUUUAUAUUGAGCUAAGCAUGUUUGUCAGAUUGAUUCUAUAUGAUUUCAACUUUUAGGCCAGAUCCAAGAGGGAUUCCCACUCUCCUGUUUCCUGAGGCACAGAUCUGGCUCUUUCUAGAUAAACAAGAGUCUUGGUGCAGCGUAUUGUGGUAAAAAAACAGACUCUCCCCGAAUGUGUCCCUUUUCUUUCAUUUAUUAAAUUAAAUUCUUGACCAUUUAUCAUUUAUUAAAUUAAAUUCUUUACCAUUUAUCAUUUAUUAAAUUAAAUUCUUGACCAUUGAUCAUACUGAUUGGAGGACUGUGUUCCAAUCUCCUUGAGGGCAGCAUUGGAGGAAGAUGGUCUGAGCCAAUUUUGAGCCUCCUUCCAGAAACAGGAGUAGUAGAAACAAGGCUUAAGAGUAGACCAAAAGUCUGAUUUACUCAACAACCUACAGGAGAAAGAGGAUUAAAAAAAAAAUAUUUUUCACGUUUAGUGUAGGCACACACAUUUAUAAUUAAAACCAAACAGAAAUCUUACUUAUUAUGGCUAAAUAACAAGGAAAUAUCAUUUCCUUGUCAUGCUUAACUCUCUGCUUUAAGCCAAAAUUCAGCUAUUAAAGAGGCAGUUUACAGCUGAAGAUUGAUACUGGAAAAAGAUAUUUUUAACCUCUCUGAUACAAUGAAUGCCAUUUUUUCUCCUACGUAUCCAUCUGGAGGAAGUCACUUGGGACAUUUCUUCGAAGGAGUUACAUUGCUUUUCUCAAUGGCACCAGAAGAGAAUAUGGAAAGAAAAAUGAUAUUGUUCAGUCUCAUAACCUGUGUAUUUUGCCCCACUUUGUAUGAGAAAUGCUAUGGAAAAUGCAGUUAGAGUCUGAAGAGGAUACAGCCUUAAAAGUAAAGUCGAAGCUCCUGAUGCUACAGAAUCUUCAUCCAGAGAUGGGCCUCACUCUUACUGGCUGAAUUUGAUGUUGCCCAGUUGGUGUAAUCUACAUCCUUACCUUGUUUAAUUUUCUAUAUUUUAAUUUGAAUAAACAAUUCAUAUUACUCUUUCUAAA